AUGACAACUCCGCCCUCUAUUCCCCCUAUUGAUAGCUCCGACGGAUUCAAUCCAGACUUGAACAGCGCCGCUGCAGCGACAGAAGAGGGCACCUCGGGUUUACCCGGCGAUGGGCCAGCUGUAUCUUCACCACACCAGCAGACUACUCCGCCAGAUGUGCACACACAACAGCGGGUGCAUGAUGUCCUACACUCUGAUGUUGGCGUCGCAACGCUGCUCAGUCGUUUGAAGGCCAGCAUCGCGAGUGCUAGAGACUUCUCCAAUUUCCUUAAGCGUCGCGGCGCUCUUGAAGAGGAGCACGCUGGUAGCCUUAAGAAAUUGAGCCGCCUUACUCUCGAUGCCGUGCGCAAGUCAGAAGCUCGCCACGAGAGCUACCAGGCGCAGUUUGAGCAGGUCCUUCACGCCAACGAGCGCAUUGCAGAGAAUGGCACCCAAUUCGGUCUCGCCCUUCACGCCAUGCACGACAAUUUACUGCAGUUGGCCAACAAAAUGGACGCAAAUCGCAAAACAUGGAAACAACAAGGAUUGGCAGCAGAGAACAAGGUGCAGGAAGCGGAGAGGCUGGCCGAGAAGGCCAAGGCGAAGUAUGACCAACUGGCUGAAGACCUUGACCGCGUAAAAACAGGUGACACAGGUGCAGGCAGGAAGUUCGGUCUCAAAGGGCCUAAAUCAGCCGCCCAGCAUGAAGAGGAUCUGCAGCGCAAGACUCAGGCAGCAGAUCAGGAUUAUGCCAGCAAGGUACAGACAGCUCAGACGUAUCGCAAGGAGUUGGUCACAACUUUACGUCCACAAACAGUUGCAGCACUAUUGGACCUCAUCAAGGAGACGGAUGCUGCCUUGACAAUGGAGAUGCAGAAAUACGCAUCUUUCAACGAGAAGCUGGUUGUGAACAACGGCCAGGUAGUUAGCCCACAACCGCUCAAAGAUAGCAGCGCCCAUCUUCCCCCAAGCAUGAAUCAACUCAUCUACCAGAUCAAUAAUGAUAGGGACUUUGAUGAGUUCAUAUUGGCAAACGCCUCAAAGGCUCCUCUAGCCAAGUCUGAGCUACACUACGUCAAGCAUCCGACCCAAGCUCCAACACAGUCCCAUCCAACAUCAGUCCCGACCGUGGCGGGAGGGGAACGCCCGUCUAUACAAAUUCAAAGCCAACCACAGACAAUAUUUCCUAUUCAGCAAACAGACGUGCAACCUACACCAGCAUCCUCACACAUCGAGUCUGCACAGCAGCCACAUAUGCCUGGUUACUCACAGGAGCCGACAAUGUCUUCGCAGACAAUCCAAGCCCAGGCGCCACCCCAUAAUAAUUCUGCUCAAUCUCCGGUCAUGCAGAAUCAAUAUUCGCAAGUUGAAUAUCCUCGAGGACCAAUUGGUCAGGCUACAGCGCAGCAGACCAGUGGCGUUCUCUAUAACAGCUCCCAACCCCCUGUAAACCCUGUCUUUGGUAUAACUCUUGAGGAUCUGUUCCACCGUGAUGGCUCACCUGUACCUAUGGUCGUGUAUCAGUGUAUACAGGCGGUGGACCUAUAUGGUCUGGAGGUAGAGGGUAUAUACCGGAUCCCCGGCACCUCGUCUCAUAUUCAGCAAAUGAAGGCGCUGUUUGACAGUGACGCAUCUCAGGUUGACUUCCGGAACCCUGAAGCGUUUCAACAUGACGUGAACAGUGUCGCCGGUUUACUGAAGCAGUUUUUCCGCGAACUGCCCGAUCCGCUCCUUACUCGGGAGUUCUACAGUAAGUAUAUCGAUGCCGCACGAAUCGACGACGAUACGAUGCGCCGAGACUCUAUGCAUGCGUUAAUUAAUGCACUGCCUGAUCCAAACUACGCUACACUCCGCGCACUUGCCCUCCACUUACAUCGUGUUCAACAAUCUUCGGAAGUUAAUCGUAUGAGCACAGCGAAUCUCGGUAUCUGUUGGGCACCAUCUAUUAUGGGCCCACAUAAAGGCAACAUGGCAGAUGCUGGCUUACAGGCUAGAGUGAUCAUUACCAUCUUAGACAACGUGCUACAGAUCUUCGAUGAGGAUUAA